AUGGCGAGUGACUCUCCGGCGCGGAGCCUGGACGAGAUCGACCUCUCGGCGCUGCGGGAUCCUGCAGGAAUCUUUGAACUGGUGGAGCUUGUUGGCAAUGGUACCUACGGGCAGGUAUAUAAGGGUCGUCAUGUUAAAACAGGCCAGCUUGCUGCUAUUAAGGUUAUGGACGUCACCGGGGAUGAAGAGGAAGAGAUCAAACAAGAAAUUAACAUGCUGAAGAAGUAUUCUCACCACCGAAAUAUUGCUACUUACUAUGGUGCUUUUAUUAAGAAGAACCCACCAGGAAUGGAUGAUCAGCUCUGGCUGGUGAUGGAGUUCUGCGGUGCAGGCUCUGUCACUGACCUCAUCAAGAACACGAAGGGGAACACCUUGAAGGAGGAGUGGAUUGCAUACAUCUGCAGAGAGAUCUUACGGGGCUUGAGUCAUCUACACCAGCACAAAGUAAUUCAUCGAGACAUCAAGGGACAGAAUGUGUUGCUGACAGAAAAUGCAGAAGUUAAACUAGUGGAUUUUGGUGUCAGUGCUCAGCUGGACAGAACAGUAGGCAGGAGAAACACCUUCAUUGGAACGCCUUACUGGAUGGCCCCUGAGGUCAUUGCCUGCGAUGAAAAUCCUGAUGCCACUUACGACUUCAAGAGUGACUUGUGGUCUUUGGGGAUAACAGCCAUUGAAAUGGCGGAAGGCGCUCCCCCUCUCUGUGACAUGCAUCCCAUGAGAGCUCUCUUCCUCAUCCCUCGCAACCCGGCCCCGAGGUUGAAAUCAAAAAAGUGGUCUAAAAAGUUUCAGUCCUUCAUUGAGAGCUGCCUAGUGAAGAAUCAUAGCCAGAGACCAACCACAGAGCAGCUGAUGAAGCACCCUUUCAUCCGAGACCAGCCCAAUGAAAGGCAGGUCCGCAUCCAGCUCAAGGACCACAUUGACAGGACUAAGAAGAAGCGAGGCGAGAAAGAUGAGACAGAGUACGAGUACAGUGGAAGUGAGGAGGAGGAGGAGGAAAAUGACUCUGGAGAGCCCAGCUCCAUCCUAAACCUGCCUGGGGAGUCGACACUGAGACGGGAUUUCUUGAGGCUACAGCUGGCUAACAAGGAGCGGUCAGAGGCGCUGCGUCGGCAGCAGCUGGAACAGCAGCAGCGAGAGAAUGAGGAGCACAAGCGGCAGUUGCUGGCCGAGCGGCAGAAGCGGAUUGAGGAGCAGAAGGAGCAGAGGCGAAGGCUGGAGGAGCAGCAGAGGCGGGAGAAGGAGUUGCGGAAGCAGCAGGAGCGGGAGCAGCGGCGACACUAUGAGGAGCAGAUACGGCGAGAGGAGGAACGGCGACGUGCAGAGCAUGAACAGGUGGAGGAACGCUCCCGGCUCAAUCGCCAGAGCUCACCGGCCAUGCCCCAUAAGGUGGCCAACAGGAUUUCUGACCCCAACCUGCCUCCUCGGUCGGAGUCUUUCAGCAUUAGUGGUGUGCAGCCAGCCCGGACCCCACCCCUGCUUCGACCUGUGGACCCGCAGGUGCCUCAACGAACCACUUCCAUAUCCCCUGCUCUGGCGAGGAAGAACUCCCCAGGCAAUGGCAGUGCCCUGGGGCCCCGACUGGGCUCCCAGCCUAUUCGAGCAAGCAACCCAGACCUAAUCUCCUGGUACUGUUGA